UUCACAGGGGUGAUGGGACAGAAACAGGACAAGGAGCUAGAAAAAGAAGACGUCCUGACCGGUGCCGUUAGUGACUAUGAGAUCUUAAACCAAAGCGAGGAGGAAGCACAUUCCAACAGCCCAGAAGAAAUAGACCAGAAUUUUGUUCACUUGGACACCUCCAUAUUAGAGCCCUGUCCCGAUCAGGAACCAACAAUACCUACUGACAACACCACUGAGCCCUCUUUCAACCAGGGAGGAAAAAAGAUCAGACAGAGUUACGACACGGAUGUUUCGCAGAAUGGCAGGACACCAAAUCCUCAGCUGAGCCUGGCAGGAGGUCCAUGUGCCUCAGAAUUCAAAACAGUCACAAGCGACGCAACCUCCACAGACAUAUUUACUGCUGUAGACCAGCAACGACCUGACAAAACAGUCGGAAUGACUAACAAAACUCACCUCAAGGAUACUCCAAACAUGUUAGAAGGUUUCUGUCAAGUGGACUCAGCAGAUGAUGGCGUGAGCAUUGAGAAGAAUGAGACACGGACGCUCUCUGACAGACACAACGGGAUGACAAAGAUGAGUGGUGAUGUCGAAAUAAAGAGGACAUUUUCUUUGGAAGCAGAGAAUGCUGAUUUACUUGAAAGACAGCCAUUCCAGGACAAAGAUAAACAUGAAAUGCAAACCCUAAGUAGUGACAAAAUUAGGAGAGGUUGUGACAAAGUUUGCAAAGAAAGUGCUGGAACUGUUCGACACAAAGAAAGUCCUGAUGAGGACAGAUUUGAGUAUUUGGACAGAGCCGAUUCUUUAUGUCCAGAGACUGUGACAACACGUCCAUCAUUCCCUGGGCUCCACUCGAAUUCAAGUCGUCCAUGGCUUCAAAGUGCCAAUAAGCAGGAUAGUUUACAGGGAGACAAAAAUAUCAGAAGAGGUUUGUCAAGAAGUGUUUUACAAGAACCCAACGAUGCCUCACAGACACCCAAAGCAACAAACUUCAGAAACGACCAAAGAACUUUCCGUACACCAUUGCUGAGAAAAGAAGAGACCGAAAUGGGUGAAACUGAAGAUUUUGAUGCAGGUGACGCCGAAAGAGUCGCACAGACAGCUUCUUUGCAACAGGAAAAAGAGCCUCUCUAUUUCACAGCUGAGAUCACACCACCACUUCAGAUUCAUGCAUUUCCUGAUCAGGAGGCGAGGAAGUCAUCUGACGUCUCUCAUUUGUACGUUCCUCACGCUGAAAAACAGAGCAUGAUCCCUGACAUCCUACCCACAGAUGCCAAAAUCAAAGGACCACCACCACCUGUUCCAAAGAAACCAAAGAAUCCCUUUAAAAAAGCCGUUGGCCGCAAGGAAUCUGCUUGUCAUUCCACAGAGGAGCCAAGCAAAUAUUUGGACCUACUGCUCAGAAAUAUUCAAAUGGACAGAAGGCAGGCAGCACUGCAGUCCGCUGAGGAUUUUAAUAUGCAUGCAUCAUGUCUUGAUAUGUCACCUUAUUAUAUUGAGUCCCCAUUCUACAUGUGCAUGUCCUUAGAGCCUGAGGCUGCUGAUAUUCCAAAAUAUGAUUUAGUCCCGUAUGAUGAAACUGUUGCACCUGACUGCGAUAACUUGAUAGAAACUGUCGAUGAUAAAGAACUAAAAGAAAUGGAUAUGUCUCAGCUGAGACCUUUGUUGAAAAAAAAAGCAAAAAUUAAGGGCCCACCACCACCUGUGCCGAAGAAGCCUCAAAAUCCAUUUGCUAAAACAGACACUGAGAAGAACCAAGCAAGCAAAGACUCUGAUCUGGAAAAUGUGGAACAGCCUUUGAAAUAUGGUAGACGUGACUCUGAAUGCUACGUGAUGGACAUGGAGGAUGAAGAAGACUCUAAACCCACCACAGUCCCAACUAGAUAUCCUUACGCCGCCUGUCGAAUUCCAAGCAGUGAUUCUUCUGCUUUAGAGGAAAACGAGCUGUCUAGAUACAGGCCCGUCUCUGAACUCAUCAGAGACAGCAACAAAAUCCAGGAGAAAGUGAUACAUCACAGCAGGACAAACAUAAUGAAAGCCAGGCCAGAUGUGACUGUGGGAAGCCAGAGUCUAAAAGUAUCGCAGAUGAAGACAGCCUUUGAUGCACAAACAUCUUCCCAUAAAAUGGAAAGAAGAUCCUCGCCAAAGAAAGAAAUGAUCAGACGAGUGGUACGACAGAGUAAAUUCCGUCAUGUGUUUGGUCAGGCGGUGAAGAAUGACCAGUGCUAUGAUGAUAUUAGGGUUUCGCGGGUUACCUGGGACAGUGCCUUUUGUGCAGUAAAUCCCAAAUUUGUUGCUAUUAUUGUGGAGGCUAGUGGGGGUGGAGCUUUCCUCGUUCUGCCUCUGCUAAAGACGGGUCGUAUUGACAAGGCCUACCCCACUGUUUGUGGUCACACGGGCCCUGUGCUGGACAUCGACUGGUGCCCACACAAUGAUCACGUCAUUGCCAGCGGCUCUGAAGAUUGUACAGUAAUGGUGUGGCAGAUCCCUGAGAACGGCCUCACCGCACCUCUUUCUGAGCCAGUCGUGGUGUUAGAGGGUCACUCCAAGAGGGUGGGCAUCGUGACGUGGCAUCCAACAGCCCGCAAUGUUCUGCUAAGUGCAGGAUGCGAUAAUCUCAUCAUCAUUUGGAACGUGGGCACAGGAGAAGCUCUGAUCAACCUGGAGGACAUGCAUCCUGACGUGAUCUUCAGCGUCUGCUGGAGUCGCAACGGCAGCCUCAUUUGCACCGCAUGCAAGGAUAAGAAAGUGCGCGUUGUCGAUCCACGCAAGGGAAAGAUCAUUGCGGAGAAGGAUAAGGCCCACGAGGGGGCACGGCCCAUGAGAGCCAUCUUUCUGGCUGAUGGAAACAUCUUCACCACCGGUUUCAGUCGUAUGAGUGAGCGGCAGCUAGCCUUAUGGAAUCCAAAAAACAUGGAGGAUCCGAUAUCAGUGCAUGAAAUGGACACCAGCAAUGGAGUGUUGCUUCCAUUCUAUGACCCUGACACUAAUGUGGUCUACCUGUGUGGAAAGGGUGACAGCAGUAUCCGUUACUUCGAGAUCACAGACGAGGCACCGUAUGUGCACUACCUCAACACGUUUUCCAGCAAGGAGCCCCAAAGAGGCAUGGGCUACAUGCCUAAAAGAGGCCUAGAUGUCAACAAGUGUGAGAUAGCCAGGUUUUAUAAACUUCAUGAGAGAAAGUGUGAGCCAAUCAUCAUGACUGUUCCUAGAAAGGUUUUUUGGCAGUCAGACCUCUUUCAGGACGACCUCUAUCCGGACACAGCAGGUCCAGACCCGGCGCUAGAGGCUGAGGAGUGGUUUGAAGGCAAGAAUGGCGAACCGAUCCUGAUCUCGCUCAAACACGGUUAUGUUCCGGGCAAGAACCGCGACCUCAAAGUAGUCAAGAAAAAUGUGCUGGAUAACAAGGCACCCAAGAAGGUGGAGGAGCCAGCAACUCCCCAGAAACCUGCCUCUCCUCAGCUAACCAAAAAGAACGAAGUGAAGUUAGAGGAGCUGCUGCGAGAAGUCAAGUCCCUUAGAGAUCUGGUCACGCUGCAGGACAGGAGAAUCGCCAAACUGGAAGAUCAAGUGGCUAAAGUGGCAAUCUAAGACACUGGUGGUGGUCUGAGCCAUAGCGUCAGUAUGGAGAGAGAGAGAGAGAGAGAGAGAUUCAGUUGGGCGGGGGGGUCAGUCACUGCCAAAAUUUCUCAAUUUGACUCGAUCAUUCCGCUUGG